CUUGUAUGGUAAUGUUUUUUAGGAAAACCAUUGAAGAAAUUUUCCUCUCCCUAGUCUCCGCAGCCCACCUCCCCCUAAAACCUCUGUAAACCCCUUCUCGUUCUCUCUCUUCACUAUUUGAUUCUCCUUUGUGUUGCUGCCCUUGCAAAACCUCGCACAAUGGGGAUUUUCGAGCCCUUCAGAGCAAUUGGCUACAUUACUAGCUCAGUCCCUUUCUCUGUUCAAAGAUUAGGUACUGAAACUUUCGUCACUGUUAGCGUCGGAAAAGCUUGGCAAAUCUACAACUGUGCGAAGCUUAAUUUGGUGCUCGUCGGUCCCCAACUUCCGAAGAAAAUUCGGGCUCUUGCUUCCUACCGUGAUUAUACCUUUGCAGCUUAUGGGAACAAAAUCGCAGUGUUCAAGCGCGCUUGUCAGGUUGCAACUUGGAGCUCUCAUAGUGCGAAGGUCAAUUUAUUGUAUCUAUUUGGUGAUCACAUCGUGAGUGUUGAUGUUGAUCGUCAUUUGUUUAUAUGGGCAUUUAAAGGAAUUGAGCAGAAUUUAGAGCCAAUUAGCCAUAUUGUUAUGGGAGACAAUUUUUCUCCUACAUGCAUUGCACAUCCAGAUACUUACUUGAACAAGGUUAUUUUUGGUAGCCAAGAAGGCACCUUGCAGAUUUGGAAUGUUAAUACAAAGAAAAAAAUUUAUGAUUUUAGGGGAUGGAAAUCGCCAAUUUCUUGUUGUGUCUCAUCUCCAGCACUAGAUGUGGUAGCCAUUGGUUGCACUGAUGGGAAGAUCUAUGUCCAUAAUAUAUGCUAUGAUGAAGAGAUCGUCACAUUUACGCAUUCUAUGCGAGGUGCUGUGACUGCACUAUCUUUUAGCACAGAUGGACAACCUUUGUUAGCAUCUGGAGGAACAUCUGGUGUUAUUAGCAUAUGGAAUCUUGAGAAAAGAAGGCUCCAGUCAGUCAUAAAAGAGGCUCAUGAUGCUGCAAUUAUUUCACUCCACUUCUUUGCAAACGAGCCUGUGCUGAUGAGUGCUUCAGCAGACAACUCUAUAAAAAUGUGGAUAUUCGACACCAGUGAUGGAAGUCCUCGUCUAUUGCGGUUCCGAAAUGGUCAUAGUGCACCUCCACUUUGUAUAAGGUUUUAUGCAAACGGGAGACACAUUUUAUCUGCUGGCCAGGACCGCGCGUUCAGGCUUUUUUCUGUUGUCCAGGAUCAACAAAGCAGGGAGCUUUCACAGCGUCAUGUGUCAAGAAGAGCCAAGAAACUCAGGAUAAAGGAGGAAGAAAUAAAGCUGAAGCCUGUUGUUGCAUUUGAUUGCGCUGAAAUAAGGGAGCGUGAUUGGUGCAAUGUGGUUACUUGUCACAUGGACACUACUGAGGCAUAUGUGUGGAGACUGCAGAACUUUGUGCUCGGAGAGCACAUACUGAAUCCUUCAGAAGAGAAUCGGACUCCCGUUAAGGCUUGCACCAUCAGUGCAUGUGGAAACUUUGCUGUUUUGGGGACAUCAGGUGGUUGGAUUGAGCGGUUUAAUCUCCAAUCCGGGAUGAGCCGAGGUAGUUACUUGGAUAAGUCCGAAAGGAGGAGCUGUGGCCACGAUGGAGAAGUUGUUGGAGUGGCAUGUGAUUCAACGAAUACCCUGAUGAUAAGUGCAGGAUAUCAUGGUGAUAUAAAGGUAUGGAAUUUCAGGGGACGUGAGCUAAACUCCAGAUGGGAAGUGGGCUGUUCUGUGGUUAAGAUAGUGUACCAUAGGCCAAAUGGGUUGUUAGCUACUGUUUCUGAUGAUUUAGUCAUCCGUAUAUAUGAUGUUGUGGCACUUAGGAUGGUCCGGAAAUUUGAAGGCCAUAAUGACCGUGUUACUGAUUUGUGCUUUAGUGAGGAUGGGAAAUGGCUUUUGUCGUCUAGCAUGGAUGGGACCCUUCGAAUUUGGGAUGUUAUUUUAGCCAGACAAAUAGACGCCGUCCAGGUUGAUGUGGCUAUCACUGCACUGUCUUUGUCACCCAAUAUGGACGUUCUAGCAACUACUCAUGUCGAUCAAAAUGGAGUCUACCUAUGGGUUAAUCAAGCGAUGUUCACAGGUUCAUCUAGUAUUGAUUCUUAUGCAAGCGGGAAGGAGAUUCUGCAUGUCAAUUUGCCAUCUAUUAGUGCUGCAGAGGGCAAUAAAAUGACCAAUGUUGAGAAAAUCAAAACUGACUGUUCACAUGUUAGAGAGACUGCCAUAACAAAAUUUGACCAGAAAAUGCCUGAUUUGAUUACUCUUUCACUCUUGCCCAAGACCCAGUGGCAAAGCCUGAUCAAUCUGGACAUAAUUAAGGUUCGAAAUAAACCCAUUGAGCCUCCUAAGAAGCCUGAAAAAGCACCGUUCUUUUUACCUUCAAUUCCGUCUCUUUCAGGAGACAUAAUGUUUAAGCCAAGUGAGGUGGCCAAUGAAGAUUUAAAAGAGGGAGAUGUUGAACAAAAUGUUGAUUACAUGAUUGGUUUACCUUCAUCUCCAUUUGUGCAAGUUCUCCAAUCUGCAGUAGAAUCCAAAAAUUUUUCAGCAUUCACUGAUUAUAUUAAAGGUUUGUCACCGUCUUCUUUGGAUAUGGAGCUUCGGAUGCUUCAAAUUAUAGAUGAUGAUGAGUUAUCAGAGACCAAUAAAAGACCUGAGUUGCUCUCACUUGACAUGCUUUUGGAUUACUUCAUUCAUGAAAUUUCUUGCAGAAACAAUUUUGAGUUUGUGCAGGCUGUUGUGAGACUAUUCCUAAAGAUUCAUGGGGAAACAAUGAGAUGUCAAUCGCAACUGCAACAGAAGGCAGGAAAUCUGUUAGAAACGCAAUGUGCAGUGUGGCAACGAGUGGAUGAAUUGUUUCAGAGUGCUCGAUGUAUGAUUGCUUUCCUUAGCAAUUCACAGUUUUGAGGGUAUUAUAAUCAAGUCGCAGUUUACAAUUUUGAGGUUACUAGACGAGGGUUUCAGGUUUCUCUGUUCAUGCGUUGUGCUUAUUUUUUGAAAAUUGAGCAGCCAUAUGAGAUAGGACUAAAGGAAAGUUGCUUUGACGAGGCAACACAAUGUAUGUACAAACUUAUUUGAGUAGUGUUUUAGAUAAAUUCUCCUAAGAGCUUAAUUUAUUGAAUGAUGGUGCUAAUAAUCUAAAUAGUGAAAUCAGCAAAGAAGAAAACAAAGAAUGGAUUCGAUUAUGAGAAUAACUUUUUUAUAUUAAGAGUAAUAAGAUAGUAUGAGAA